CUGGGAAUGAAGGUUUGUAUCUAGAUUGAACACGAGCCGAAUAUUGAGCUUCGAUAGCUUGGAUGGGUCUGAAGAUUAUGAUAAACGGACGGAUGGGUAGGAGAGUGGGAUGAGGUACUAAAGGGAAGAUAUAUCCACCUUGAAAUACGAGUUUGGAUUUGAGCAGCGACGACAACUACGAUUGAUUGGCAUUUCUCUUUGUCGGCCAAAAAUUCGGUCACUACACUGAUCAUGGAAGAUUCAAGCAAGAUCGAGAAACUCGGCCACGACAACGAUGUCGUUUAUACUUCUUCAUCCAGUGGAGAGGUUGAUCACCACCAGAAAAAUCCAUGGACCUACUUGAAGCACUAUUUUACCAGCCGUGAAGGUUGGGUUGGCGAUUAUGACUACAUGUAUCUCAUCACUCCCAACAUUUGGCCCCUAAACCGUAAAUACAAACACUACGAAGCACCAUUCUACGGCCUCAACGAUGAAAUCCCUAUCUUUCUCACCCUCCUACUCGGCCUCCAACACGCCCUUACAAUGAUCGGUUCCAUUGUCUCCCCUCCCUUAGCAAUCGCUGGCGGCGCAUUCAAUUUCGACCCAACCAUCACCCAAUAUCUCGUCUCUGCGGCGUUUAUCACAACAGGCAUCGCGACAGCCAUGCAAGUCACCCGCGUACAUAUCGCCAAAACACCAUUUUUCAUCGGAACCGGACUUCUUAGCGUCGUAGGCCCAACAUUCGAUAUCCUGCCCAUUGCAUUCAAUUACACAUCCAUGCGGUACGCGAACGGAACGUGUCCUACUGCAGAGGACGGAACGCAAUUACCCUGUCCAGAUGCAUGGGGUGCUAUUCUGGGAAGUAUGCUUUGUACGGUGUGGAUCCAGAUUGUGAUGUCGAUGGUUCCGCCGAAGAAAUUGAACAAAAUAUUCCCUAAGAUCGUGACCGGGAGUUUGUUGUUGCUGGUUGGUGUGUAUCUCAUCAAUAGCGGGAUGCAGAAUUGGGGAGGAAGCAGUAACUGUAAUGGUGGAGAGGGGUUCUAUGCUUUAUGUCCGAACGUUGCUGCUCCCAAGCCUCUUCCAUGGGGGGACCCCAAACUCAUCGGCCUCGGCUUCAGCGUUUUCGUAACCGUCAUCAUCGUCGAACAAUUCGGCUCCCCCAUCAUGAAAUCUGCAUCCAUCAUCCUCGGCCUCGCAGUCGGUUGUGCCAUCUCCGGCGCAACAGGCUACUGGUCUCGGGAAAAUAUCGAUGCAGCCCCUGUCAUAACAUUCCUCUGGGUCCACAAAUUCAAGCUCUCCGUUGAUGGCGCGCUCAUCCUACCUCUUCUCAUCAUGUUUAUCUGUGAAGCUGUAUCCUGUAUGCCUGAUAUCCUCGCCACGGCUGAAAUAUCAAACGUGGAUAUUGAGGGCACGCAAUUCAACAGCAGGAUCCAAGGCGGCAUUCUGUGUGACGGUCUGGGGAGUUUGUUCAGUGCUUUUGGAACGGGAUUACCCAUGGUUUCGCAGGCCGGUAAUAACGGCGUGAUUUCUCUUACCGGGUGCGCAUCCCGUCGUGCAGGAUGGUGCGCGUCAGGAUUCCUUAUACUCAUGGGCAUGUUCGGCAAGUUCGGCGCCGUUUUCGGAAGCAUGCCUCCCUCAGUCCUCGGCGGUAUGCAAGUGUUCCUGUACUCCACCAUCGCAGUCGCUGGCAUUCGCGUCCUUGGUCUCAUCUCAUGGACCAGGAGGAAUCGAUUCAUUCUGACGGCUUCGCUGGGUAUUGGGUUCGUUGAUAUCGUGCAGCCGACGUGGUUCAAUCAAAUUUUGGAUUACAGCGGGGGGAAUGUUCAUUUGCAGGGGUUUGAGCAGGGUUUAAACCUUAUUGUCGAGACGCCUUUUAUUGUUGCGGCUGUUAUUGGCGUGUUUUUGAAUUUGGUGCUGCCGGAGGAUGCGAGUGCUAUGGAUAGGAUUGUGAGGGAUGCGGGUGGUAAGCCAGUACUAGAAGGGAGACGAGAGGAUUAG